AUGCACAGGGGCCAGGCCAAAGAUGUGAAUCAAAAUAGCAGCUUUCCAGAGAAGGGCUUCGAGGAAAAGGUGCGAUGGGAGGAAGAGUCAGUCCUCCACACAAAUUAUAAGCAGCACAUUGAGGAUUAUGGAAGCCCAAGCCACUUCUGGGAGCAAGAAAUUGAUCUCCACUUUGUCAUAGAGACAAAGAAUGUAUACAUCCGUAGCUUGGAGAAAAAGCUCCUCAACCUGGAAACAGUGAUGGAACAGAACUUCACUCUUGAAGCUAAGAUAAAUACUCUGCAACAAGAGAAUGAAGAUCUCCAAGCACGGAUGCAGAACCAUGCAGGAAUGACAAGGCAACUUUCUGAAGAGCUCCUUGCACUUCGUGAGGCCCUGGAGAAGGAGACGCAGCUGAAGGAGCAGGCUUUCCGGGAGAGGGAGCAGCUGCUCUACAGAGCAGGAGGAGCUGCCGAACAGCGAGGCCGCCCGCUCCCCUUCCUCGUGACCUAACACCUGAAGGGCCGGAGAGGUGGGGCAGGGAGAGAUGAUGAGAAGACCUUGCUUCUCUCCUGCCCUUCUCUUGGCAGCUCGGCUUAGAGCUUAGCAUGCAGUGACACUCGGGGGUAAAGAGGCUUCCUGAGGUGCCGCAUGCCUUGAGUCGCUCCUACUGAUGGCCGCAGUAUUAGGACACUUGAAAAGGUGGGACUGUCCUGCUUCAGAAGGAGUGGUGCCCUUCCGCCACCUGCCCACUCACCCAAAGGAGGACAGCCUUGAUGCUGGCCAAGGGACAAUGUUCGACCUCUUUACAUGUCAGUCUAUGCAAACAAGCACUGCCUGGAGGCAUUCUGCCCCACCCCAAACCAGGGAGGCCCUAACAUUACCUACCUCAGAUAUUAGACCACAGGGGGGAUGGCGAUGCUCCAGUUACCCUCAGCUAAGUCCUUCUCAAACUGUGGCCACACACGAGAAGCAGCCAUGGACACAGGAAUGAGGAUACUAAUUGCAUGAAGCAGGCCAGUCCCAGGAGCCGAAUGUAACCCUUCCAGAGUGCUGGUCUGGUUCUCCAAACGGCUACACCCUCUUCCCCUGCCUGCUUGAUGGUUCAGGGGUUUCUGGCCUUUUGUGCAGGUUUUCCCCAUCCUAAAAUCCAGCUAUUGGGUUGAGGCAGAGCAGCAGCCCUGGGCUAGAUCUUGCAGGGGUAAAGUUAAAUUUCCGCAGCUGCACUGAUCUGAGCUGAAAGAGCUAGACCCCAGCUCAGCCAUUUUUGGGUUCCUACAUGCAAUGCUUGGGGGAGUGUAGACAAAGCAGAGACUGGAACUUUUGUAACUGACGUGUGCCUUAGUCUCUGCCACACAGAAGCCUCCUCUCCAUGACCAGCUUCCCUGUGGCUGGAAGAGGACUUUAAAAAAUGGCUCAGGAUGAGCAGAAGGCCGGACCACUGCAGGGCACCCUCACCAUGAUGCUGGCUGGCCCCUGCUCACCUGAUUCGGUCAUUUAACCAUCAGCAUGACUGC